UUUCCCAUCUCUAGUCGCUGUAAAAGUUUUCUUGGAUUUUACAAUUAUGUUUGAAAGUCGGAGGUUCCGGGGAUCAUUUAAUUCAAAGAGUUUAAUAAUAAACGUGGAAACCACUUGAUAAACAAAGAAAAUUUGUCACUUACUCUUACGGCUUUUUGAAAAAUCAGCCGAGAACUCUGUAACAAUUUAUGGUUAUUGCUGAAAACCGGAGCAUUGUUUAUAUUUCUUAACCAGCGCCAAACGGUUUUGUUUUGUGAAAAUGAGUCUUUUCGAUAUUGAGGAUAUCAAAGUGAAACCAGACAUUGUUUGUACCUACCCGGAUCCGGAUGUCGCUCCUGAUGCUACGAUAAUAAUCGAUAAUGGGUCCUAUAAGUGCCGUGCAGGUUGGGCUUCAAAAGAGGCACCUUCAUUAAGCUUUAAAAAUGUACUUGCCAAACCACGCAAAGAUCGCAGUAAAAAGGACGCAGAACUUACGGUGCCAACUGUCCAAAUUGGAAAUGAUAUUGCCAACAUUGAAGCAGUUCGCUUCCAGUUACGAACACAAUUUGAUAGAAAUGUGGUUACUCAUUUUCAUGUACAGGAACAAAUUUUCGACUAUUUGUUUAGUAAACUGGGCAUCGAUACCGAACGGAAUGUGCCGCACCAUGUGUUGCUUACUGAAUGUGUCGCCAAUCCUAACUAUAGCCGGGGGUUGAUGGCAGAGCUUAUGUUCGAAUGCUAUAACAUUCCGGGGAUAGCGUACGGAGUAGACAGUUUGUUCAGCUUUAGCAAUAACAGUGCAAUAUCGGACGGUCUAAUCAUUUCCUGUGGAUAUCACGCAACGCACGUCAUACCUGUUCUCAAUGGACGUAUGAUAGAGGACAAAGUACGACGAAUAAACUUAGGUGGCUUUAAUAUGAUCAAUUUUAUGUUUAGAUUACUUCAGCUAAAGUAUCCUGUCCAUGUCAAUUCAAUCACUUUGAGUCGGGCUGAAAUGAUGAUUCACAAAUACUGCUCGAUCGCUUAUGAUUAUACGGAAUCUUUGAAAGACUGGGCUACGUUAGAUUACUACGAUAAGAACGUUAUCAAAAUUCAGCUACCAUUUAAUCAAACAGCGACUGCAUCUACGUUAACUACCGAACAAAGGAUGGAAAAACGAAAAGAACUCUCACGAAGACUGGCUGAGAUCAAUCAGAGGAAGCGAGAGGAAAAGCUUGCUCAGGAUAAAAUUCUUCUGGUUCGUAUGAGUGCUGCUGAGGAAAACUUAGAUGAUGAAAACAUUACAUUUACCUUACAAGAGUUUGGUCUUAAAAAUGUCGAUGAGUUGAAAAAAACCAUCGCCUCAUUGAAAGAGCGCAUUUCCAAAACAACACUAAAAAUGAAUAACCAAGGAAAUCAGGAAGAAGAGAAACCACGCCUGUUACAACCGCCUGCUAAUAUGACCAUCCAGCAGUGGGUUAUCGAAACUCGGAAAAAGCGAGAAGACAUUUUGGAUCGCAAACAGACCCGUAAGCAACGGCGACAGGAUUUGGCGAAACGUCGAACCGUCGCAGCACAAGAGCGGAUGCGUAUAAUUUCACACCUAGCCAAGAAAGAGAAAGGUGUAGACGAUUUUGGCAUGAGGGACGAAGAUUGGGAUGUGUAUAAGUCUAUAAGCCGAGAUGGAGAUAGCGAUAGUGAAGCGGAAAAUGAAAAACUGAUCGAAUAUGAAGAAAUUCUUAAACAACAUGAUAGCAGCUAUAUUGAGCCGACGACGUCAACGGGAAGCAUCGCCGAAUUCCAUCAGUUACAUCUUGGGGUUGAACGAAUUCGUGUUCCUGAAAUACUGUUUCAGCCUAGUAUGAUCGGAAUCCAGGAAGCAGGGCUUAAUGGCACGAUCGAUUAUGUGCUCAAGUUGUUUACUCAGGAUGAACUACCGAAGCUGGUUAGUAAUAUCGUACUCACCGGCGGUUGUGCCAACAUCCAAGGACUCUAUGAACGGUUAUCAAGAGAGCUAAUGCAGAUGUUACCGUUUCGCUCUACGUUUAAUCUGAAGGUUGCUGCUGAUCCCGUUCUAGAUGGGUGGAAAGGGGCUAGUCGUUUUGCUAUGAGCGACGGCUUCAAGCAGGCUUUGAUCACUAAGGCGACGUAUGAGGAGUGUGGGGGAGAAUACUUCAAGGAUCAUGCGGCUAGUAAUUUUUACUACCCCACCCCUACUCAGCCGGGAAUAACUGAUUCAUUUAACUGAGUUUUGAAAAUAAAUGCAAUUUGAACUUGAUGAUGUA